UUUGGAUGGAAAAGAUUGAAACUGAAUUUAUUUCUGAUGAAGGAUUAUUUUGUCCUCGUAUUCUUUAUCUUCAGUUCGGUUCUUGGAAUAGAGUUGGAUCGAGAGAAUAAGAAGGAUGGAAGCAACAUUAAAGAUAAUAUUGAGAUUGCGGCUCAAGCAUCAAGUAGUAUUCUAAAAGAGCACCAACAGAAUGUGGCUCAAGCAUCAAGCAAUAUUCUUGAAGAGGACCAACAGAAUGUGGCUCAAGCAUCAAACAGUACUCUUGAAGAGCACCAACAGAAUGCGGCUCAAGCAUCAAGCGGAAUUCUUAAAGAGCACCAACAGAACAUAGCUCAAGCAUCAAGCAGUAUUCUAGAAGAGCACCAACAGAAUACAGCUCAAGCAUCAAGCGUUAUUCUUGAAGAGCACAAACAGAAUACAGCUCAAGCAUCAAGCAUUAUUCUUGAAGAGCACAAACAGAAUACGGCUCAAGCAUCAAGCAUUAUUCUUGAAGAGCACCAACAGAAUGUGGCUCAAACAUCAAGCAGUAUUUUUGAAAAGCACAACCAGAACGUGACUCAAGCAUCAAGUAGUAUUUUUAACAAUCAUGAGCAGAAUGGUAUUCAAGAAUCAAACAGCUAUGUUGAAGAGCGCAGAAAUAUUCAGAAGUCUAAUAAUGGUCCUAAGAAAAAGCCAGAGAUUUGGGAUUCACAUGCUGUUCAUGAUGCGAGUCAACAAGACAUAAAACCUGACGUUAUUAAUGAUGUUAAUAAACAAAAUACUGUUGCUGGGGAAAUAAAGCGAACAGACAAAAACAAACAUCAUGGUGAGAGUGGUUUGCACAGAAGGGAGGCAGAUAUUGAACCUGAUGGAAGAACUUGUUUCUGCUCUAGGGAUGAAAACAAUCGAGUUCUUUACACAGGUCGUCAUUGUUGCCGGACAAUUCUAGACGGGGUCUGCUGUGAAAUUCCACUUUCGAUGUUUAAGAGAGGGGAGGACCCAAUAAUAAGGAUGGUGUUAGACUCUCAGAUUGCCAAGAGAAGGGAUGAAAGGGAAAGGAUGCGACAUGGAAAACUAAAGAAGACAAGGCAAAAUAGAGUAUUGGGUGAAGAGUUCAAGCAUUUGUUCGGAAAAGAUCCAGCGGAGCAACAAGAAUCUAAUGGAGUAGUAGCAGGGAAGAGAUUAAUGGAAAUAGAAUUUGAGUCACACCAACCAGAUCCUCAAACUGGGGCUAAGAUUGUGUACUCAUCUGAUUCUCAAAACGGCGCCAAAAUCUCAAAAGAUGGCGACAAGACAGUUUUUACAGCAGAUGGAAAGACUAGCGCUGGCAUUGUAAUGAAUGUUGGGAAAGUUGAAACAACAAACAAUAUUUAUAAUACAAUAAUUGUUUAAACUAUGUUAAACUUUUUAGAUCAACUAAUAAACACCAUUUAGAUCUCA